AUGUUGAAACAGAAGGCCAACUACGAGAAGAAGCUGAGUUCGGAUGUUCAGCACGAGUGCAAAUACACAGCAUAUGGCUUCGCACCUGCAGUCCAAUAUUGGGCGUACGAGGCCAUUUUGGAGGUUGGCAAGAGGUAUGGCACGAACCACGGGAUUCGGUUCCCCAUGAUGCUUAGCUGGACGAGCAAAGGCGAUAUUGGGAAGAAAGACGUCAGCGCAUUAUUUUCUAGACGGAAUCUGGAAGUGGUGAAGGGGCUACUUCCACGGACAGAGGAGGAGGCAUUUGUGAGGACAAUAUCUUACGAUGGUGUGGAGAACUCCGGUUAA